AUGUAUCACUGGAGCACAUCGUCUUCAGCUCCUUGUUAUAGCAACAGCGGCAGCGGCGGCGGCAAUGGUCCCUUGCUCCCCUCCAUGGCGUCCAGCAGCUACGGUGAUCUGCUGAUGUUGCAAGAGCAGCAGCAGCAGCACUACUACUCCCAGUCGAUGCAGCGUGUGAUGAGCGCCGGAGACCUGCAAGCUCUGCCGGGGCCGGGGCCGGGGCCGGCUCCGGUGGGGCGGUACAGCGCGGAGGAGCGGCGGGAGCGCAUCGAGAAGUACCGCACCAAGCGCAACCAACGCAACUUCCAGAAGAAGAUCACGUACGCUUGCCGGAAGACGCUCGCGGACAGCCGGCCGAGGGUGAAGGGCCGCUUCGCGCGCAACGUCGACGACGACGCAGCAGCAGAUCAGCCGGAGGAUCCGACGACGACCACGACGACGGCGGACGUGUCUCUGCUCAACGACGCCGGCAGCAGCAGCAGCAUGCCGCCGGAGUGGUGGCCGGCAAUGCAGGGCGCGCUGGCCGUGGAGGACGACGAGCUCAUCGCCUCCUACCUUGCCGUCUCCUCCAUCAACCUCUACUAG